AUGGAAGUCGGCAGACGUCUGGACUUCCGACUUGAAAUCAUGAUUCCAAAAACUGAUGGCAUGGACUUGACGGUAGAGUUCUUUACGAAGGACAUUGGCAACGGAAACUACACUCCAGUUUUGGCAUUGUUCAAUGUCAAAGUGGAAGACAAACCUGAUGGAUUAUCUUACACGAAGGGCAAAGAACCUCACAUUGAAAUGUUGUUGAGCGAUGAAGUAAUGACGGCGUACGACAGAGCCAUAGUCACAUUUGGAGAAGUGAAAAAUACCAACGAUGGCCCAGUUCCUAUCUAUAUGUUAUUCUCAGUCACUCAAAUCAAGAACAUGGGAACAGUUUUCGAAACUAAAUACCUUGUAACAGCUGGUGCGGAAUAUGAUAAAGAAACCUAUGUCUGGGUUGGACAAUCCGAAGUUACGGUGCAUAAUUCAACAGAUGACAAACAAGUUGAAGUUGAUAUUCUUGGGCCGAAGGAGAUUCCAAUGGACAGCGCAGGGGUGUACGUCAUGGUAACACAUUGCGCUGUUCGUUCAGAUAACUUCACGUUUGAAAUCACGGGUCCAGAUGAGAGAGAAGUAAUAACAGUCGGAAACCUGGGUGUUAAAGAUUUCGAUAAAAAUUAUGAUCCAGUUCCUCAAAGCAUAUAUUUCUACAACACAACAAAAGUGGGUUCGGAUGAUGAUGUCAUCUAUACAUCUGCUAGCCUUAAUCUUGGAAUCAUGACAAAUGUUGGAAAUUACCAAGGCCCAAGAGAUGAUGGAAAUGUAAUUAAUAUUACUUUUGCAAUUUAUGCUUUAAACAAUGAGACCCAUCUGGAAAAAGAGGUGCAGUUCAUUGCAAAAGUCAUCGUUGGAAGAGAAACGUUAUACGACGCACCUUUUACUGUUAAACUUGUGCCGAGAAAAGAUGCAGACCAGAUGGUCACCGUGCGAACCACGAAGGGAGACCUAUCCACGACAGAAGUUGGGAUAGGAGACAUGGCAAUGUACACGCUCUGGUCCAAUCUCACCAACAAUGGUUACGCUGAUUACGUGUUAGAAGUAGACGUCAUGCGUUAUAAAGGCAUACCCAGGUUGGAGGCUUGUUCAGCUAGACUUUGGCACUACAAAGGAAGCUUCGACGUGCCAUACCUCAACACAACUUUCAUCGAUCCAGAAAUUGUCGAUGAUAAGUUUGUAUUCAGGUUCAACAGGAUUCACGUCACUGGGCAGAGAACACCUUCCAUCUACAAUGAUUCCAUGAUGUACGUUCAUCUCAUCAUGAAAAUCAGUGCUUUGCCUGUGAACAAAGAAGGGACAAGACUCACGCCAACCAUUAAAAUCGGAACUCAAGGAAAACCAGAUCAUUCAGUCGCAGUUCCAGGACUUGAAAUUAAAAAGAUAUCAGAUUAUCAAGCCCCCGCAAUGAUGGUAGAGAACGGAGUUGCGUGGCCAUAUUUGUACGUCGGUGGUGCCGUCGUGCUCAACAUUACAAUGGUGGUGCCACAAGGACAAGGGUACGCAGAAGUGUUCAUGGAAGCUUCUGGAGAGAAUAACCCCCCACUCCCUGCUGUCCAUAUCUGCCGAGCAGAGUUAAGUGACGUCGGGAGGAAUGUACCUUGCUUGCGAAUGCACCAGAGUGAAGUAAAUGCCAACUAUACAAAAUACUCCAAAACAGAUCCUAAAAACCGCCUUAAACCAGACAUGACGAGCAUCAUGCUGGGAGAUGUGGGCGCUCUUCCAGUGGAAGGAAAGAACUUUGCCACUGUGUCCGUCGUCGUGGAAUUGCCCGAAGGAGUCAUAAUCAAGGAUGAUGAGCAAUACCCCAUCAGUUCAGGUCUGUUGAUAUCCACCAACACGAUAUGGAGCGCCAUGGCUAACUACUCCAUGAAGAAAGGUCCGCCACCACCUCUAGAAGAGACUGACUGGCCCGAUGCUAUUGCAAUUCAUGAUGAAAAUCAGAAAGUAAUUCCGGGACAUUUGGCAGAAGUUGAAGUACAUGUAAUGACGAAAAUACAGACGAUAUCAGAAGUAGUCAUUGAAGUGGAAGGUACCACUAGGGAUAUCAGUCUUUGCGGUUUAAAAGUGAAAUCCUUCGGAAGAAACAUGCCAUGCAUUGACAUGGAAACCGAACCCUUCUAUCACCCUCAUGAAAAUCCACUGGAUGGCAACAAAAUAGCUGGUCUCAAGUUCUCAGCAUUGUCAAAUAUUGGUUUUCGCUCUGACAAAGAGCACGACACCUUGAAAGUGCUAGCUCUGGUACGAGUUGGACCUUCGUGCAAACAACCAGAAACCGAACUUCAAUGGCGAGUCGCUUUCGGCGGAGGAAAAAGGGAAGGCAGUGCCAAAAUCAAAGUUAAUCUUGAUGCAGAUGCAGCUGGAGGGACAGUGGAAGCAAAAGAACCGAAAGCAUUAGCGUUUAAGUCUGCUUAUCCCAACAGAGCCAUUUCAAUAGGUAGUCCAGUGGUGGUGGACUUGGAAGUGUCUUUGGAGCCAGGAUCUUUAGCACCCGUCGUAGUGGAGCUUAGGAACGCAGACGCAUCAAAAAAGCGACUUCCAUACGACAUAUGCUUAGGAGGAAUAUGGUUUAGAGGCAAAAAUUAUCCUUGCUUUUCUCCAGUGCAAGUAACGAGUAACUUUUCAUCUAGUGACUCUGAAAACGACGGCCGAAAUGACACCGCAGUGUACAAUCUUGGUUUAGUCUGCAACACAUUUGUUAGCAGUGAAGAAAAAGAAAAUAAGGUAACAGUUCGAAUGGCAAUGCGACCCACAGAUGAUGGAUCUUUGAAAAUUCGAGACACAUUUGCCGUAGAAGGAUACGCUAGUGUGGGAUCGCAUCAUAAGAAAAUUGAUACCGUCAAGUUCAGCAUAGCUCGAGAACCUGAUCAAAUAGAAACGAAGGUAAAUGCUACGGUGAAAUUGGUGCACGAAGACCCCGUCCCAAUUAGAAUCCACCAACGACUGUGGAUUCCCUUCAACAUCUCUAUUCCUGUUGAUGCCGUUGUCAAAGUAGAGGCAGAAGCAAGAGCCCCUUACAAAGACCAGCGAGCUAUCCUCACGGUCCAUGACAUUCGCCUGGUAUCAGGUGGAAUCAACAUUCCAUGCCCCAUGCUUUAUCCACAGCCCAAGGUCACUUUCAAUCCUACUGGACCAACAACGCAGAAAGAUGUCAUAAGAGCUUAUGUUGGAUAUUUCACCAAUUUGGGUUUAAGCCACAAAAUGAACAUGGCACAAGAAGGUGAUGAUGAUUUGACUUUGGAGGUUCUUGUAGAGAUGUCUGAUCACCCACUUACAAACAAUGAAAAAAUAUUCAAACUAAAAUUUAUUGCCGAGGUUGGAAAGGCAGUCAUUGAUAUUGAACAGCCCAUGGAAGUACGAAGAGACGGCACAGAAAGACCAGAUCUUGAUGUCAAAGUUCUGGUUGACAAUAAAAAACCUUAUCAAAGUGGCGAUACAAUUAACGUAACCGUGACAGUGGAGCACAAGAAUGAGUCUACAGCCGAGCCAAUAAAUGCAACUAUCCGUCUUUAUUUGCCACCUUAUGUGGAAUAUGAUAACAAAGCUUUCUUCAAUGUGACUUCAGUUGGGACCGUUCAAUUUUUACCGGAAUUCGGAGGACUGGACAUUGUGAUUCCACAAUUCUUGUUCUCGGACACAGCGACAGUGACAGUUAGUCUCCUUGCGGAUCCCAAAAACGAAAGGGGUUUCGGUCGCGGCGAAGUAAACGCAACGACACCGUACAGGGUCCUUUGCAUGCAAACAUUCCGAGAAGAACCUUCACCUAACCCUGAAACCGCUGAAACAAUUGUCAACUGUGGACCCACCGAUUACAUUAUGUACAUUGUAAACAGUCAAGAGUGCUACAAAAACCUGGGUCUAAACAGUGCCAAAAAAAUAUACAAGUGUCAAUUAAGUGCCUCAUCUGCCGCAAAAAGGGAGACUGGUCCGUACAAUAUUAGGACUGGCAGCAAGAAAGGAUGGUCGCCAGCUCUUCGUUUAGGUCCGCAUAAACCAUAUUUCCAAGUUGACUUCCUGCGAACUACCAGGGUGUCGAAACUGGAAUUCAUGAAAGUUGACGACACCAGGAUGGUCACCAAGUAUCGGCUACAGUACAGUCAUACCGGCUCUGACUGGUUAUAUGCCAAUGAGGUGACUGAACUCGUUUACAAGAAAACUAGUGCGUUCGACGAGCUUGAGAAGCCAAUUCAGACAAGAUUCGUCAGGGUUAUCGUGGAAGAGGCCGAGAAAGGGGAAGAGAAUGCUAUGUACAUUGGGCUGAAGAUGGAAAUGUAUGGCUGCUAUAUAGGCGAAAAAUCGCCAUCAGUUCAAUGUGCGAAACAUGACCCUACAUGGUAUUCCGACGAUAAAAAUAAAUAUGGAAGACACUUUUCAGUGGAUUCAGGAAGGGAUAUUGUUUAUUUCUGCGAUCUUGAAUAUGAUAUGGAAAAUCUUGUGUGUUUCUCAUCAACAGACGCAGGAUCGUCCUGGAGAAUACUGCCGAGAAGUGUCGGUGGUGUGCUUGGCUGGGACAAGAAGUCGGGACGGACGUAUGCGUUCGACAAGAGGAACCGAGCGCACCUUGCCAGCGAUGACGGCGUCACGUGGAUAGCGGUGGAUGACGCAGAGGUCAACAACACGGUCAUCAAGAAGACUUUUUUCAGGAGUCAGCCGGUCCCAGCUUUCACAUCGGAAGACAUCGAAAUGCUGGAAACGAAGACGGGUCGGUGGGAAGCAACUUUUGAUGGUUUGAUGUAUGAAGGAAAACCAGAUCCAAAGGCAAGAUGGAGCAGAUGUUGCAAAAUGACCUAAUAAAACGUGGAAGUUUUCGAACAACACUUUGUUGCUUUUAUACAGGAGAGCACAUCGUCUUAAACUAGAACACUUUUUAGACAUUCGAAAGGAACUCACUUAAAUAGCGAUACUUUUAACCAUCAUCAAGACUACAUCCAGAACAAUCGACGACUCCUUUGUGUCAAAAUGAAAAAAGAACAAAAUUAGAAACUAUUUUUGAAGUUCAAUUUAUUUUUGUUGUUUUUCAACGUAUAUUUAUUUAUUGAACACACGAACAAAAAUUAAUUAAUCUAAUGCUGAUAAUUAUUUUUUGUGUUAUAAUAAAAGUUGUAUUACACAGUUAAUAAUAUUAUACAGAUUUUACCUAGAUGUUACAAAUUAUUGUACAAAUACUGUAAA